UAUUAACUCCCACUUCUGAUUCUUGGAGAUUCACCUAUGGCUUCUCCCACGAGCACCUUCUUCUCCUUCUUCUUCUUCGCCGUGUUCUUAUUCUCUCCUUCUUUAUCAGAUGAUAAUAAGGUCUCUUUGGAACUCUACUACGAGAGCUUGUGCCCUUACAGCGCCAAUUUCAUCGUUAACUACCUCCCUCGGAUCUUCCAAGACGAUGAACUUGCCUCCAUCGUUGACCUAAAGCUCGUUCCUUGGGGUAAUGCCAAACUCAGGUCUAACGGUACCUUUACAUGCCAGCAUGGAAAAUACGAGUGCUUGCUCAACACCGUGGAAGCAUGUGCCAUUGAUGCCUGGCCUCAGUUGAGCAAGCAUUUUCCUUACAUCUAUUGUGUUGAGGAUCUAGUUUACCAAGGUGAGUACAAGGAGUGGGAAUCUUGUUUUGAGAAGCUUCAUCUGGAUUCAAAACCUAUUGAUCAGUGUUAUCAUGGUGAUCGUGGGAAAGAGCUCGAGCUACAGUAUGCAGCUGAAACCAAUAAGCUGCAGCCACCUCAUGAGUAUGUCCCAUGGGUAGUUGUGGAUGGCGAACCACUCUAUGAGGACUAUGAAAACUUCUUAAGCUAUAUAUGCAAAGCUUAUAAAGGCAAGAAUGCACCCGGAACCUGCACACAAGCAUAUCUUAACACAAUUCGAAAGGUGGAACCAAAGAAUAAGCAUGGUGCUUGCUAUAAGGAAAGAGUGAUUCCAACAUUAGCAUAUAUGUAAUUUAUAUGUGACAAUGAAUAAAUGUAUCAUAUAUGUAAUGUAAUAAUAUCGAAAGUGGUUUGUUCAUGUACUCAUGUAACUUCUCAGCAAAACAAUGCCGCAAAAGUAGCUAUUCCCAUCUGAAACUUGAAUGUGUUUGCAUUUUCUUUUUUUUGGGUUGAUAGACGCUUAAAGGUUGAAAGAACAAGGAAAAGGAAACGAAGAAAUACACAGCUUAGACAUGGCAGGAUCAUGUCAGCAGUUAGCCA